GGGGCUGGCGGGGUCCCCGCGGCGCGCACGCGGCGGUGGCCGGGACAGCUCUGAGGGACCGGGACCGGGACACGGCCGGGACAAAGAACACCGGCAGGGACAGGGACCCGGGACACGGCCGGGAUAAGGAUCGGGAUAAGAAACACCGUGGGUUUCCUGUUUGAGAGAAUAAUCAGAUUCAGUGAAGUGUGUGUGCAGAGCAGCUCCUGAAGAUAAUUGUUCCUGUCAGCAGAGAGAUUGAACAGGUUGCUGGCGAGGCUGGGGAGAUGACAACAGUGGAGAAGGUGGAGGAGCAGCUGGCGGGGCUGCGCAUAGCCCGGCGCUGUGUGCCCAGCGAGGAACCCGCCUACCUGCUGGACAUCCACACCUCCAGCACCGCCCAGGCCGGCAGCAGCCGCUGGGUGGCCGUUUCCUGCUCCAAUGAAUCCCUCAGGGUGUACGACAGGGACACGCUGCGCUGCCUGCGCCAGUACGGCGGCCGCGGCGGGGUCCUGGCCGGGGUCAGGUUUGCACACACGUGUGACAGCCUGGUGUUCUCAGCCUGCAGCCGGGGCACCGUCAAGUGCUGGGACGUUCGCUCGGCCACGCAGGAGCCCGUGCAGGUGUUCACUGGUUAUCCCUCCAACGUCUUCAUCAGCUUCGACGUCAGCUGCAGCGACCUCAUCGUUUGUGCCGGAACGGAGAAAGUUGAAAAGGACUCGUUUCUGGUGUUUUGGGAUGCAAGAGGCAUUACAGACUGUGUCAGCACCUCCAAAGAGCCCUUGGGAGUCUAUUCUGAAAGUCACAAUGAUGACAUCACCAAAAUCUGUUUUCAUCCUAUCGAACCCAAUUUGGUAGUGUCUGGCUCGACCGAUGGCUUGGUGAAUGUGUUUGACAUCAACAAGGACAAUGAAGAUGAUGCCUUGAUAUCCACUUGCAAUUCAGAUUCAUCAGUGAGUUCUCUUGGCUGGUCUGGGGAAGGCUACAAACAGGUCUAUUGCAUGACACAUGAUGAGGGGUUCUGCUGGUGGGACAUGGCUCAGCUGGACACCGAGGAGCCAAUAACCCUGCUGCAUGUUCUGGAUGUCAGAGAGUCUGUGUGCACUGAAAACCACGGCCUGCAUUACCUGGUGGGAGGCUUCUACCACGAGAAGGCAGGGAAACUCUUCCUGAUUGGGGGAACCUCCACGGGAGACAUCCACCUGAUCAGUUGCAGCACUGAUGGCCUGAGCCUGGUGGGGACCCUGUGUGGGGGACACUCGGCCACCGUCCGCUCCUUCUGCUGGAGCCCCACGGAUGAGUCUCUGCUGACGGGUGGAGAGGAUGCUCAGCUGUUGCUAUGGAAACCCGGGGCUGUGGAAAGGUCCCUUACAAAGAAAGCAUCUCUGAAGAUCUCUUCUUCCGUGCAGAAGAGAGUGAGAGUUCACAACACCUCCCUCAAAAGCAGGAAAAAGUGAAUUGCCUGAAGUGAGAAUCUCUGCUGUGUAGAGCUCUCCUGGUAUUUAAUCUCUCUAGGCAAUACUUGGCCGUGUUUUAUUUGGAGGUUUUCUGUGGAAAGAACUGUGGUGCUUGAAUUCCCCCUGGGAAUGUAUUUCAGUCAUCAGAAGAAUGCCUUUUAUUUUUUUUUAAGUUGCUAAUAUUAAUCAGACAAGAGUAAAUGUUUGCUCCUGAAUUCCUGAGCAACAGAUGCUAAAUCAUAUUAUAUAAAACUGUUUUUAUGGUUAUUUAAUGUCUCAGACAUUGUUUUAAAUGUGUAAUACAGGCCUAUGGCUUGCAAAGUUUGUUACCUUCCCAAUGAUAUUCCCCUGGCACAUUUUAACAGCUUUUGUAUUCCAUGCUGUAUUCUGCUCUCUUCACAGAAAACUUAAUGAAAUUGCUCAAUUUAGUAAAAGAUUUUAUGUCACAUCUUAAUGCCUGAAGGAAUUACUUCUUGAUGAAACAGAAAAUAAGUAGUUUUGCACUGUCACAUCACUGGUUUAGAACAAGCUCAUAAAGAAGCAGC